AUGGGUGGCGCAAACCGCGACGGUGGCAAGGCCAAGCCUCUGAAGGCCCCCAAGAAGCAGAACAAGGAGAUGGAUGAAGAGGACAUUGCCUUUCCGAGAAGAAGAAGGCCGGUAGGUGAAACUUCGUUCAUGUUUCCCCUCGAUCUUUGCGCUGACCAUACUGCGCCACAACAGAGGAGAAGGCCCGCAAGGAGAUGGCCCUCAAGGGCUCAGGGCAAGGGCCCUCUGGCGAGCGGCGGCAUCAAGAAGAGCGGCAAGAAAUUAGACGAAGUUUCCGGGAUCGACCAUCGACGACCGAAAAUGAAAAGCACGAUCUGCCCGAGCAACAUCGGACAUCAAAGGCACGGAACGUGCUUCGCGGCGCGGGAAUGGAGUCAUUUGGCUUAG